AAGUUGAAUAAUGUGUUAAAGUCACGUCUUUUCGAGAAUUUGGGAUUUUUUUUUCAAAAGAGGGGAAUUUGUUUACAGUCUCAAUUGAAGUAGCAUUUAUUUGUUUAUUUUCUGCGCGUCUCUUUGAAUAAAAUUUGACGCAUUUCUGACAUUUGUCAAAAAUGUAAAAAAAAACAGGAACAAUAGACAAUUGCGGAUCAAAUUCAACUGACUUUUUUGUUACAUAUUUGAAAAAAUUAUUUUCAAACCAGCAUUUUUGUAGAGACAAUGAUAAAUAACAUGCAUUUUACGAAACGAUUUUUCCUCUAUAUAAGACGUAUUUGGAUUGACUUACACUUAGAACGUGAAAUUUGAAUAGAUCGCCUUGACUACAAUGAAUUUGCUUGCAACCAUUUUUGCAAUAAGUUUUUACGUGGCCAUAGCUGGUGCAGGGAACAAUGUUGUCGAUGUUCUUGAAUACGAUCCCGACCCGCGGAUCUCCGCUAAAAACCUUCAAGCCAACAUAUGGAUUGAAGUAAAAGUCAAGCGCGUAUCAGUAAAUGGCGAUGAGGAAAGUAUUUAUGUUCAACUUGAGAAUAAGUACGAUGUUCAAGUCGGCGAUGUCUUACUUGGUUUUCGUUCAGCUAAAAAAGUAAAAGGGAGAAAUCCGGUGUAUAAAGAAGGUGAUAAAAUUUGGUGCAACAUUAAUAUUCUCAUUCCAAAGGAUUAUGAUGUUGGCUAUAAUUAUGUAGUCGUUCCCAAGUUUGAACAACCUCGUGUAGAAGACAGGAUGCAUCUGAGAAGGAAUUAUCCAAAGAACAUACGCCAUAUUUAAAUUUGUGAUUCAGAGAAUUUAAACACACACACACGGCUAAAAUAGAGUUGACGCUCGAUAUAUGAUUGGAAAAGAUUACAAACUCGACUUGAACUCAUCUUAAAAAGUUGAAAAAGCCAGUGCAUGAUGUCUCCAAAUUUGUACUGAAUUAUUUCACUUUCGUAGACUCACAUUUGAAUUAGUUAGAAUAUUCGUGAGCUCAAGAAAUUUGUUAAAGUAAAAGAGCAAUCUGUUCAUAUAAGAAAAUAUAUGGGCACGUUGCAGUUUUAUUUUGACAAAUUUCUUGAGGUCACGCAUAUUCUAGCCGGUUCAUUUCAAAGUCGAGUUUUUUUUAACACAACUAUAUGAGACCAGUCCAAAUGCUACUAAAACUAAUUCCGUCCUUUUCCGAAUAUUUAGUUUUACUUGUUUUCAAUUGUUUUUUCCCGUGUGUUUGUUUCAAUACGCA